AAUAAUCUUUUUUUAUACAAUACACAUUAUAAUUCUAUAUAAAUAAUCCAAAUGUUUGCGAUAAUUUACCAAAUUAGCACCCAGCCAUAGAGGAAAGUGCGCGUUAAAUACGAUAAGAUAUACGAGAGUAGUGCGUCUGUGCGCAAUCGGCGCAAAUCAAAAUGGAUUUGCUAAACUCCAUAUUAAACUCAAUGGAUGCGCCGCCAGCGACAAACGAACAGCAGAAGACGCUGAUCAAAAAGCAGCGGGAGAUGAUGGAGCGCAUGCAGAACAAGCAGAAGGAAGAGCUGCUGCGCUUCCGCAAGUAUGUUGAGGAGAGGAUGGGUCGCUUUGCCAAGGACGAUCGCACAUGCAUCGAGUUCCAGCCGCUUGACAAGGUGCAUCGCUCCGUCAUUCAUGAGAUAGCGGAGAAUGGCGGCUUCAUAGCGAUGAGCUUUGGCCGCGAGGACGAGGACCGCCACACGGUCGUCUACAAAAAGGAGCACCCACCCAGUGAGGACGAGAUUACAGCACGCCGCAACGGCGACGGCUGGAGCAAGGACAUAGCCAAAGAGUACUCCGAACGCCGGCAAGAGCGCCUUGCCCAGGAGCAAUCGCAAUCCACCACAGCCACCGAGUCGGACUGUAGCGCCUCAUGUAGCAGCACAGAUCCAGCCCAUGCCGCUGAGGUGAAACCGACCAGCAAUUACAAAGCAAAAUAUGCUCACCUCAUCGGCGAAUCGGCGGCUCUGCAAGCGGCGCGUAAAACGGAAACAAAUCAGAGCUACGGCUUUGUGCCCAGUAAGAACAAGAAGGAUAUGCGAUCCAUCGAGCAGACUCUGGCAGACAUACAGGCCAAGAAGCGCUUGAAACUACAACAGCAGCAACAGGAACAAGAGCAGGAGCAGGAACAGGAGCAUGAAGAGCAAUAAACAAAUGGAUCUGUUGUGUGAAAAAUAGUUAUAGGAUAUAUAUAUAUAUAUUAUGUAUGUGUGUACGAAUGUUUUGUUAUAAUCAAAGUUAAUCAAUGCGAGGCGAGGCGGGUCGAUGAAGGCAGACACGUUACUUCCAAAUGUUGACCAUACACAGACUGUAUGUAUCUGAAAGCAAUUUAAAUUGUAAGCCAGUUAAAAAUUGAGAGCAUUAAUUAGCUGCCAGUGGUUUAAAUCGAGUUAUAUCAACAAUCAACAAGCAGUGUCCAAUUAGCAAUUUCUAUUUAUAUAAUAAAAACAAAAAUCUUAGUCAAUAGC